UAAUUUAGCGAUAAGCGACCGCCGCGGCCGGUGACACCAGCAGCUUACGACUUACACUGCCUUGUUUUCACUUUUCACACUCAUGUCUCGUAUGUAAACCGGGCGAUUGCAACGGUUAGUUUUUAUUUUACUUCCUCCCGUUUUGUAAAUCUACGAUUUAUGCCUAAACCGGAUCCCUGUAAGAAGUUGGCUUGCGCUAUUCAAAAAUGUCUAUCUGAGAAUGAUUUUCAAGAAUCUCGUUGUACCAAACAAAUAGACAAUCUACUAGAAUGUUGUAAAAAAUAUCAUACAUUUUCACUUGUGUGUUCUGGUAUGAAACCUAAACCAAUAACUGAAGAAAACCAAAAUAUUAAGACGAUAUCCUAG